CUGGCUCAUCAAUUCUGGAUAUCAUUUCACCCGCCAACUGGCGCGAAACAUACCUCAAGUGGGGAUGAAACUCCUCCCAUACCCGAAGAAGAGCUGGAACAGCAGAAAAUUGAACACGAGAAAAAAGUGCAAAAGGAAAAAAAAUGUCAAGCGAGGGAGGCGGAGGAAGUCAGAAAACUAGACAUAAAACUUUUACACCAGCGCGCCAUCGAGGCGGAGGAGGAACAAAAGAGGGAGAUAGCUUGUGCGGUGGAAGAGCUACGUGGCAUGAACACCUCCUGGUCGCACCACAGGCUUUGCGACUUGCAACGGCAGGCCGCUAGGUGGCGCCACAGUCGGCCUUCAAUACCCGACACGUCUAAACAUUACAAUUACAGGAGUGUACUUAAAAAGGCUUGCAGUGCACAGCUGACGAAGCCGCAGUCAAGUCACAGCAUCAGCGACAACGACGGCAUUUUCAUGAACCUGUCGCAUUUGGGCAGCAGGACAACCCGCAGAGACGAAUCGAUGGACAGUGACGUCUGCGAAACACAGUGCAUGAGCGACGAGGCUACAGCCUGGAGAGCUUCGGCCAAUGACGUCAGCCCUCGGAUCUCUGUCGACUUGGUCCGAGCACCGUCAUGUCCUGGAUGCCGCGCCCCAAUAGCGUCGCUUGAUUGUAUGGACGAUUUUAGUGCCAACUCACAGCAAAUGUUGGAUCAAGCGGGAGAAGUCAACGUCUCCAGACACAUGUCGAGCUAUAUGGGAAAUCACACCAGCAUGCCCUCCGUAGUAACUCCGGGGCUGCGCUACAGGAAUCUUGGCAAAUCUGGCCUCCGCGUGCCCAACAUUGGGCUGGGAAUGUGGACAAUAAUCAACGAAGACUCCGCCGAAGACAUCGUCAUGACAGCUCUUGAGAACGGCAUCAACUUGUUUGACUUGUCAGAAGCACAUUGUGCUAAGGGCGAAGCGGAAUUAGGAAGAAUUCUCAAGAAGCGAAACGUCAGGAGAACGAGCAUCAUAAUUACCACUAAAAUAUACUGGAGCACCAAAUCGGAUGAGCGUGGCCUCUCUCGGAAGCACAUUAUCGAGAGUGUCAAGGCGUCGCUGGCCCGUCUCCAGGUUGAAUAUAUAGACGUGGUAUUGUUGCACAAAGUGGACCCUGUCUGCCCUAUGGAAGAGCUAGUUCGAGCCAUGAACUUCGUGAUUAAUCAGGGAUGGGUGAUGUACUGGGGCACGGCACGCUGGUCACCAUCUGAGAUUAUGGACGCGUACACAAACUGCCGACAGUUCAAUUGCAUCACGCCGAUAGUUGAGCAGACUGAAUACCAUAUGUUCUGCAGAGAGAAACCCGAGCUGUACAUGCCUGAGCUAUACCACAAGAUAGGUGUCGGCAUGAUGGGGUGGUCCGCUAUCACAACAGGCAAAGGUCUCGGCCGCGAGGAGAUCACCGGCCUAUUCGCCAAGUCACGCUUCAACAGGAAAUACAGCACAUUCAGCUGGUGCGAGGAAGACCUCGCUGUCCCCGAAUUACGCAUCUCGGGCAGUAAGGAGCAAGUGAACGGCGAGGAGCCACGCACCUACGGAGACAAGCUAAGGGACCUUUGUAACCUGGCUGAUAGCAUGAAUUGUUCGAUGAGUCAAUUAGCAGUGGCAUGGUGUCUCAAAAACGAGUCGGUGAACUGUCUCCUGUUAGGCGCCACCAGCGUCGAGCAAUUUAAAGAGAACAUACACGCGUUACAGAUAGUGCCUCAGCUGACGCCAUCAGCGAUGACAGAGAUCGAGCGUUUACUCGCCAACAAGCCCCAGCGGCCGCCCAUGGUAUCAACGCUUGCUAUGCGCAACCAGCAGAAUAACAACACUGUCCGCCUCGACAUGACGGGCGGUACGGCUUCUGGAAGCGGUUCACCGAAGCCCGAAGGCGAGGCGGCAGUUGAGGGCGAAGUCUCCACACCCGGCAAGGAGCCCGGCCGUGCGUUUUGUGAGAUUCAGUGA